UCUUCGUCCUCUUCCCCAGCAGGAAUCAAUCGCGAACUCGUCAUGGGUAUCUUGUAUUUAUUGAAGAUGCCGCCCAUCAGGAUGUGACGAGUGUUGUGCUGCAAAAAUAUCGGAAAUAAAAAGGAAACAUCACAAUCAUGCAGUUGAAACUGUCCUGGCUACAGUUGGCCACAUUGGGAGCAGUGUUCAGCCCAGAGGUCUUAGACAUCCUGUCACACACACCAUGGAAUUCGACACCGUACCCCAGCCAAUCCUUGACGACUUCCAGACCAGGCGGAAGUUCCCUGAUGAUGACUCCAACAGCGAUCUGCUCCGUGUUCGCGGUUUGGAGUCACCUGAUGAUCCCUGCUCAGGCAGUUCCCAGUCCCAUGCCUUGGGGAAAGAAGAAGAAAAAGAAAUGCUCGUCGUCUUCAUCCUCCAGUAGCAGUUCCAGCGGGAAGUGCGGAAAAUGCAAGAAGAAGAAGAAAAAGAAAAAGAAGAAGAAGAAGAAAAAGAAGAAGGUUAAGAAGGUAAAACACACGCAUCAUCACUACCAUUACCACAAGACACCCAAGAAGAAGAAGAAGCACAGCAGUUCUUCCGGAGGGAGCUCAUCAUCUUCGGGACGCAAACCAUACAGCAGCUCAUCAUCGGGAAAAUGAAACCAACUCGCCGCAAAACAGUAUUUCCCUUUUUCAAAACAGCAACGAAAAGUAUUCCUGUGAACAAAACAAAAAAAGUAAUGAUUGUUACCAGCGCCUGGAAUAUGCGCAUAUUUUGUUACGUUGACCUGAAAAGUUGACCAGGGGAAUUGUCGCUUUCCCUCAUUCAAAAAAAUUCCUUUCUUGUGUUAUCCUGAGCUGAUAAUAAACCAAAAAUACCGAAA